AUGGAAAGGACCAAUUGGACAGAGAUCGAGUUCAUUCUGCAGGGACUUUCUGAGUACCCAAGAGCUGAAAAACUCCUUUUUGCGACGUGCUUGUUGAUGUACCUGGUGAUCCUCAUGGGGAACAGCACCCUGGUCCUCCUAACUCUCGUGGAUUCCCGCCUCCAAACACCCAUGUACUUCUUCCUGGGUAACCUUGCCUUCCUAGAUAUUUGGUUCACGUCCUCCUUUAUCCCUUCAAUGCUGAUACACUUCCUAUCCAAGAAAAAAACCAUCUCCUUCACUAGAUGUGUUAUUCAGAUGUCGGUGUCCUACACAAUGGGGUCCACAGAGUGCGUGCUUCUGGCAGUGAUGGCCUAUGACCGCUAUGUGGCUAUUUGCAACCCGCUGAGAUACCCCAUCAUCAUGAGCAAGGCGCUUUGUAUUCAGAUGGCUGCUCUCUCCUGGGGACUGGGCGUUCUCAACUCAUUGACAGAAACUCUUCUUGCCAUCCGGUUGCCCUUCUGUGGAAAAAAUGUCAUUAAUCACUUUGUGUGUGAAAUACUGGCCUUUGUCAAGCUGGCUUGCACAGAUAUUUCCUUGAAUGAGGUUGCUAUCAUGUUAGGUAACGUAAUAUUUUUGUUUUCUCCAUUACUGUUGAUUUGUAUUUCCUACAUCUUCAUCCUUUAUACUGUACUAAGAAUCAGUUCAGCAGAAGGAAAGAAAAAGGCCUUUUCCAUCUGCUCAGGCCAUAUAGCAGUGGUGACUGUGUUUUAUGGGACAAUCCUUUUCAUGUAUAUGAAGCCAAAGUCCAAAGAUAAUGUUUCUGACAAACUGAUUGCCCUGUUCUAUGGAAUAGUCACACCCAUGCUCAAUCCUAUCAUCUAUAGCCUGAGGAAUACGGAGGUUCAUGGAGCUAUGAGAAAACUGCUGACCAGACACUGGUUCUGGAGGGAAGGAUGA